ACGAAUAUGUGAAUGAAUAAUGUAAAUUUAGUAAAUUGUAAUGAUGAGGGGCAGCACAAACAAAUAUGUAAAGCCGAGCGACAAUCAACAUUUUGUUUUUGUCGCUACCCUUAGGCCGGCAAGUGAGUGUGCGGAUGUGAUCCAGCUGCAAAAAUAACAACAACAGCAACAGCUAAAUAAACGUUAACAGCACUGCGAGCAUAAACAACAAGAAGAAGACGCUGUAAGAAAAACUACAACUAAAAAUUAGAAAAAGAAAGCAACAGACAAGUGUAAGAAGAAGCAGUGUAAGAGAAGUGCAAUUGAAUUAACAGUUUUGACAGCAGCCAGUCAGCAAUUGGAGUGAGGGAGAAAGAGAGCUACGCAGCAGCAGCAGCAGCCGCAGGACUGUGCGUCGCUGAGGUUGAGAAUUGGACAGAGUAGUCGAGGAACUCUUUCCAGAGGCGGAGGAAAUGUAUUCGGCAGUGAAGCCGCUGUCCAAAUAUCUACAAUUCAAAUCGAUACGGAUCUACGAUGCCGUCUUUACAAUACAUUCCAAGUGCACGGUCGUCAUACUGUUGACCUGUUCCCUGCUGCUGUCGGCCCGCCAAUACUUCGGCGAUCCGAUACAGUGCAUCAGCGAGGAGAAGAAUAUCAAUUAUGUGCAAUCCUAUUGCUGGACCAUGGGCACCUACAUCAUCAAGCUGGAUAAUUUCAGCGAUCGCCAGCUGUUGCCGACGCCGCCAGCGUUGCGUGCCGGACGCAACCGGAUCAGCCUGCGUCGGCUGGCGGAUUACAAUGAGGAGUACGCACGCGCGAUGUCCAUUGCGGAGGGCGUUGGCCCAGAGAUACGCGGCCAGACGCAGCGCGUCUAUUUGCGGUAUUAUCAAUGGGUCAUCAUAUUGCUGCUCUUCCAGUCGUUUGUCUUCUAUUUUCCGUCGUGCCUGUGGAAGGUGUGGGAGGGCCAGCGGCUCAAGCAGCUCUGCUCGGAGGUGGGCGAGGCUCUGCUCUCGGAUCAGACGUACAACACGCGGCUGCGCCUGCUGGUCAAAUACUUUACCACCGACUACGAGGAUAUGCACUAUUGCUAUAUGGCCAAAUAUGUUUUCUGCGAGCUGCUCAACUUUCUCAUCAGCAUACUCAACAUACUCGCGCUGGAGGUGUUUCUGAAUGGUUUCUGGUCAAAGUAUCUGCACGCGCUGGCCACAAUACCGCUGUACGAUUGGGAUCGCUGGAAUCACAUAUCGUCGCGCGUCUUUCCCAAGAUCGCCAAGUGCGAGGUGCUCAAAUAUGGCGCCAGCGGCACCGCCAGCAUUAUGGACAACCUGUGCAUACUGCCGCUGAACAUACUCAACGAGAAGAUCUUUGUCUGCCUGUGGUGCUGGUUCCUGCUGAUGGCCUUCAUGUCCGGCCUGAACCUGCUCUGCCGUCUGGCCAUGAUGCUCAGCCGGACGCUGCGUGAGCUGAUGAUACGCAGCCAAUUGCGCUUCAUGACCAAGCAGCAUGUGCAGCGCGUUUUCCGGGAUCUAACCAUCGGCGAUUGGUUCCUCCUAAUGAAAGUUAGCGUCAAUGUGAAUCCCAUGCUGUUCCGUGAUCUGAUGGACGAGCUCUGCGAGCUGCGCAGCACGCACAGCUCCACCUCCUCCCUCACUCUGCUCGAGAGUCCCGCCUAGCCUACGUGUGGAGUGUUAUGCAUUGUUAACUAUCAAAUUAGUUAUGCCAACGACCAGGUCGAUAGUCAACCGCCCAAACUCGCUGUGCUUAGUGUUUGUGCAUAACAAUACAUUGCUAUGUAUUCUAUGUACAUAUAUAUAUAGAUAGCUAUAUAUCUUUUGACAUUUAUGUAGUCCGAUCAAAUGAGUGCUAUACGCAAAUAUAUAUAUUUCAUAUUCUUUAA